CCUUCACAGAUUUUUUAAUGCCUUGACCCUAGUUACCAUGGCAGGACCGUUAGAUAAGCAAGGCAUCGUUGUGUUAGACCAAGUUUGGACUAUGGAAGACUGGGAUAAAUUUUGGAAUUCUGCAGCGGAUAUUCCGUUUCAGAUCAAUGAUUUUAACCCAGAAUUGUUAAAGCUCGAAAAAAUGCUUUUUCCCAUACCAAAUAAGAAAUACCGGGUGCUUUUUCCACUAUGUGGAAAGUCAUAUGAUAUGAAAUGGGUAGCUGACAAAGGGCAUGCCGUCAUUGGCGUGGAUUGCUCCGCGAAACCGUUGGAAGAUUUCUUCAAUGAACAUGGCAUAACAUAUGUCGAGAAGCAAGAAAGUAGUUGCCAGGUGCUGCAGUCUACAACUGAGGGCUGUAAUAUCACAUUGUACGCUGGGGACAUUUUCAAUCUACCAAAUUCAGCAUUCGAGAAAUGCGACGCAGUAUUUGACUACGGGAGCGUAAUCGCAAUAAAACCAGAGGAGAGAAAAAAGUAUGCUGAUGUCAUGAACAAAACGACGACAAGUGACGUCAGCUAUCUGUUAUGUGCGUUUGAUUUCAAUGGAUAUAUGGAUCCAAAACCGCCAACGUAUCCAAAUUCACCUAAAAUGGUCACUGUUGCGUUUGGGGAUAUAUUCAAUAUAAAACCUCUACUUGACGUAGACAGAGAGAGAUACCUCCGUGGCGUACCUACACCCAUAGCGAAAGAACUAUAUUACUAUCUUACGAAGAAGUGAAUGUAUAUCCGUCUUGGUUGUUUCAUCUGGCCAAUUGCAACUUUUCCUCUGUCGGUACAUUCACUUCCAGUUUAGAGUUGGAUACAUUUUGAGGGUGAUCUGUAUAAAAUCAUCACUCAGAAUAAGGAUUGGCUAAUUAUGGCACGAAGCACCAAAGCACUUUGUGCACCUCCUGCUCUCGGAGAAAAUCCCUUGCAACUAGACCUACAUACAAAUUUAUAUUACUACUAAAAUAACUAAACAUUGAAUUAUCAAAAUGAUAAUAUUUUUUUAAUCUUCGCAAUCUUCAAUUUUAACUCCAACAAUUUCAGUCACCAUUAAAUCAAUUUGCAACCAAAACACACCAUAUAUUUUGGCUUUUCAAAUAUUUAUUGGGAUGGACUCUAUAUAUAUGAAUUUAUAAAAAUCAUGUAAUAUUUGAAGUGUAUGAUCCUGAAGCUAGGGUUGUAACGUAAGCUUCUGGUUGAGAGAGAGCGUUUCACUCAUCUUCAAUAUAUAAAUGGCGGCAACGCGCAGUAUGCCUGCACGUAUGUUUUGUGCGUUUAUGCCACAUUCAAAGUAAAAUAUAAAAAACUCCUGAUUUCCGCCUACCAGUGUAGUUGAAUUUGCAAAGUGACUUCUUUAGCAUUUCCUUGUUCUUACAAUGAGUUUACUCAACUUGAUCCACAGCCCUUGGGUCAAAAUCAUGUCGAAUGAAUAUUUUAUGAAUUUUUAUUAAAUGGAAUUAUCAAUGUAAAUUUGGCGAUUUUUUCAACAACUUCUUGAAAUACUUUUAUUUGUUGAUGUAUAUAGCUACUAUACCGACUAACUCAUAACAUAACUGUGGACUGUGGAGGUACAGUUAUGCUACAAACCAAAUGUUACAAAAUCUGAGGCAGCAUAUGCCAAAAUCCUAGUUCUAGUAGUUUUGAUAGCAUAAUCUUAUGUUGUAAGUAAGGGAUAUUGUUAAUCAGCUAUUGCAACUGUUGUUUUUAUACCCUUGUUAUUUCACCAUAACAGUAUUGUGUCAUACUGACUCGUUUCAUAUUAUUAGUUCAUUUUAUUUAAAUGUUUGUAAUAUGCUUUAUUUUAUAUUUUCCGCAUAAAUUGCCUCAUUGUAGUUUUGUACCAAGGUGACUUAAAACUCUAUAAUUGAGUGACUUCUAUAUUCUGCACGAAUUACCUUAUUUUAGUAUUGUGUGACUACAUAAUUUAGUGACUUUCAAAUUCUGUGUGAACUUCCUUAUUGAACAGUUGUGACUUCUAUAUUCUGCAUGAAUUGCCUGAUUGCAAUACAGAACCGUUGUGGCCUCAAAUUUCUGUAAAUUAGUGACUUUUAUUACUGUAUGUUCUGCAAGAAUUGAGUAUUUGUAACUUACUGUAAUUACCUGGUUUAGUGGCCUUUUAAUAUAGAUACAUUUUAUUC